AUGGAAAUGUUGCGCAACUGCAAAGGUUUGAUCCAUCGUCUUGCGCUAUUUCUCGUGAUCGCGGCGCGCAUCGCCGCUGCCGAUUCUUCUGGCAAGCCUGUCGUCCCUGCGCUGUUCAUUCUCGGCGACUCUACUGUGGAUUGUGGCAACAAUAACUGGCUCUGGACGGUCGCGCAGUCGAAAUUUCUUCCCUAUGGCAGGGAUUUCGACACUCAUGAGCCGACUGGAAGAUUCACAAAUGGACGCUUGAGCAUCGACUAUCUAGCCGAUUUCUUAAAUCUUCCGCUGGUACCGCCAUAUCUGUCCCGGCCAAGUUAUGAUCAAGGUGUAAACUUUGCCUCUGCUGGAUCCGGGAUCCUCAACGCUACUGGCUCGAUCUUCGGUCAAAGAAUUCCAAUGCAGACGCAGCUAGCUUAUCUCAAAGACGUCAAGAGCGAGCUGUCCGAGAAGUUUGGCCGAGAGCGAACGAACGAAAUCUUUUCCAAGUCGAUCUUCUACGUUUCGGUUGGAAGCAACGACUUCAUCAACAAUUACUUGGUUCCGGGAUCCAGUUACUUGCGUGACUACAACCGCAAAAGCUUCAUCGAUCUCCUCAUCUCUGGCCUCGACGAGCAGCUCAACGAGCUCUACAGCAUUGGAGCCCGACGAAUCGUCGUCGCUUCUCUGUCUCCACUCGGCUCUGUACCAUCGCAGCUCGCGAAGUUCUCAACGAUCAGACUGGAUGGUUCCAGUUUCCUCAACGACAUGUCUCAGCAGUACAACACCAAGCUCUUCGAUCUGCUCGUCCGCCUGAGAUCUUCGCUCAGCGAGGCAGAUCUCAUCUACAACAGCCUCUACAAUGUUCUCAUGGACAUCUCUGAGAAGUACUCGCAAUACGGAUUUCUCUACAAUGACACUGCCUGUUGCGGCCUUGGCAACUUCAAUGGCUCCGUCCCUUGCUUGCCAAACGUUCCAGUGUGUGAGGAUGCCGCACAGUACAUUUUCUGGGACGAGUAUCAUCCCACAGGCUCCACUUACAAGCUCAUCGCGGACAAGCUAUGGUCUGGAAACAUCAACGAAAGCUAUCCGAUCAACGUGAAAACUCUCCUCGGCCUUUGAUCGAUCAUCCGUACUAUUUAU